ACUCCGCCGGACGGAACGUUGCCCGAGGGGGAGCGCGUGACAAAGCCGGUCCAGAAAGGGUGGCACUAAUAAGAUUAGCCAGUAAGAUAGAACAGCUGGCCCGGCCGCAACUUGCUGAUCGCAUCGCAAGCGGUCGCCGACUUCGGGAGGUUUCGGAACCAGAAGACGACCCUCCUCCUUCAAAACCGUACCUCACCCCCUAGGCCAAACAGCGACCGACAGCGACCGACCAGCGACACCGGCCUCAGAUCGGGGUUCCGGAAACCCUGUCACUAUCCCAUCGCUAGGCUAGGCAUUUCCGGACCUCGAAACAGUAUCCCCUUUCGGAUCGAUUCCGCCAGUGACUCCGGUGCAAACAUGCCUGUGAAAAAGCAAGAGGCCCACCGGGCGCUGGAGCUACUCGAGGACUACCAUUCGCGUCUAUCGACCCCGCAGGACCGGGCGCUGCGCUGUGCGAUCGAGCGUGUCAUUCGAAUCUUCAAAUCCCGGCUCUUCCAGGCACUCCUUGACAUUCAAGAGUUCUACGAGCUGACGCUGCUGGACGAGUCCAAAACGGUGCAGCAGAAGACGGCCGAAACACUGCUGAUCGCUAGCAAAUGGGAACAGGAUAACGCCAUCAAAGCGAACGAGGUCAAUCGCAUCAAACAGCAAGAGCAGGAACAACAGAUCCAGCAACAGCAACAGUUGCAACAACAACAGCAGCAGCAGCAGCUGCUGCUUCAGCAAGAGGAAAAGCAGCUGAUCAUCGAGCUACCGUCGCCAUGGUUGACGACAACCAAAGUGAACGCUGCAUCCAACUCUACCGAAGUGAAGCAGGUUAACGGCGACUCACCAUGGGAGUACGAGGAGAUCAAGCUGGUGCGCGGCACCACCGGCUUCGGGUUCUCGAUAGCGGGCGGCACGGACAAUCCGCACAUCAACCUGGACGCCUCGAUCUACAUCACCAAGGUGAUCCCGGGCGGUGCCGCUCACGCCGACGGUCGGUUGCAGGUGAACGACUGCAUUGUCGCGGUGAACGAAGUGCAGGUGGUGAACGUGACGCACGGUGAAGCCGUCGACGCACUGAAGCUGGCCGGCGAUCGAGUCACCCUACACAUUCGAAGGAAGCGGCCGCCCGCGCAGGCACCGAAGCUGGAAGAGAUUGAGCUGGUGAAGGGUAGCAAGGGGCUCGGGUUCUCGAUUGCGGGCGGUAUCAGCAACCAGCACAUCCCGGGCGACAACGGGAUCUACGUGACGAAGAUCAUGGAGGGUGGGGCGGCCCAGAUCGAUGGGCGGCUCGCGGUCGGCGACAAGCUGAUUGCCGUGCGCACCGCCGACGGGGAGCGCAAUCUCGAGAACGUGGUGCACGAGGAAGCGGUGGCCACGCUGAAGGCGAUCACGAACCGGGCGACGCUGGUCGUGCAGAAGACGAACAUCCUGCAGGCGCUCGCCAACUCGAUCAGCAACCUCAACUCGCUCUCGACCAGCACCAUGAACAACGUCGGUGUCAGCAUGGUCGACCACACCGGCACCGGCGGUCUCGGGGGCGGUGGUUUAGGUGCCGGGGGCGGUGGCGGGGGUGGCAGCGGCCACAGUGACCUGUCCACGGCGCGGUCCCACUCGCCGGCGCUGGGGCUCGAAAACAGUUCCUCGCGGUACGCUUCAUCGAACGUACUGGAAGCGGGUAUGCCGAUUGGGACACCGCGGGCCAUCAGCAGCGAAGACAUUACCCGGGAAGCUCGGACGAUCGUCAUUCAGAAGGGACCGUCCGGUCUUGGGUUCAACAUUGUCGGCGGCGAAGACGGACAGGGCAUUUUCGUGUCGUACGUGCUGGCUGGCGGGGCGGCCGAUUUGGCCGGCGAGCUAAAGCGCGGCGAUCAGCUGGUGAGCGUUAACGGGGUAACGCUGGCGAAUGCGUCGCACGAAGACGCAGCACAGGCGCUCAAGAACGCUGGCGGGACCGUCACGCUGGUAGCGCAGUAUCGACCCGAGGACUAUAACCGGUUCGAGCACCGCAUCCAGGAGCUGAAGCAAGCGGUUGCCGCAGGGACGGGCACAUUGCUGCGAACAUCACAGAAGCGCACGCUCUACGUAAGAGCGCUUUUCGAUUACGAUCCGAACCGGGACGAUGGGCUCCCGACGCGUGGCCUGCAGUUCCGGCACGGCGAUAUCCUGCACGUGACGAACGCAUCCGACGACGAGUGGUGGCAGGCACGGCGCGUGAUUGGCGAGGACGAGGAGGAAAGCAUCGGCAUCGUGCCGUCGAAGCGCCGCUGGGAGCGCAAGCAGCGGGCACGGGACCGGAGCGUCAAGUUUCAGGGCCACGCGGCAAACAAUAACCUGGAAAAGGUACCAGGCGAGGAGGUUUCUACGCUCGAUCGCAAGAAGAAGAAUUUCUCGUUCUCCAGGCGGUUUCCGUUCAUGAAGAGCAAGGAUGAGAAAAACGAGGACGGCUCGGAUCAGGAGCCCAAUGGCAAUGUGGGCGAGUCGAACAACCACGACCCCGAUCAACCUUUCAUGCUUUGCUACACACAAGAAGACGCAAAUACCGAAGGUGGUGGUGAAAUAAUCUACCGCGUGGAGUUGCCAGAUAUGGAGCAGAUAACUCUUAUCUACCUGGAGAGUAACUUUGCUGACUCUGAGGAAAACAUCUUGUCUUAUGAACCGGUGCAGCGUCUGCAGAUUAGCUACACACGUCCCGUAAUCAUUCUGGGCCCUUUGAAGGAUCGCAUUAACGACGAUUUAAUUUCGGAGUAUCCGAGCAAAUUCGGUUCGUGUGUACCACAUACUACACGACCGAAACGAGACUACGAGGUGGACGGAAGAGACUACCAUUUCGUGGCAUCCCGUGAGCAGAUGGAGAAGGACAUCCAGAACCAUCUGUUUAUCGAAGCUGGCCAGUAUAACGACAACCUGUACGGCACGUCCGUGGCUUCGGUGCGCGAGGUGGCUGAGAAAGGCAAACAUUGCAUACUGGACGUGUCCGGUAAUGCGAUCAAGCGGUUACAGGUGGCACAACUCUAUCCGAUUGCGAUUUUCAUCAAACCAAAGUCGAUGGAAUCAAUCAUGGAGAUGAAUAGACGUAUGACCGAGGAGCAGGCAAAGAAAACCUUCGAACGGACGCUCAAGAUGGAGCACGAAUUUGGUGAAUACUUUACAGCCAUAGUGCAAGGCGAUACAAUCGAGGAUGUCUACAGCAAGGUGAAAACUGUUAUUUGGUCGCAGGGUGGACCGACGAUUUGGGUACCGUCAAAGGAAUCUCUAUGACCGCAAGCAAACAUCACAUGGACGCUGCCACAAAAUAUGUGCGCACGCCCUGUCUCCCGCACCGGUUACCACUGAUGGUAGGAUGGGAGGUAGGGUGGUGACGGAAUGCAGCGGGCCCCGCAACUGGCAGCUGGCAGGGAAAGAAAAUGGAAGUGAAAAACAAAAAAAUAUUGUAGAUGUGAACGCGAGCAUAGAAAAUUGUAACGGGAAAUGAAAAUCGGAGAAAGAGACAAAUAUCUGCUUGUUAUGAAUAACUGUUAUUAAAAGAUAUACCGUGCGUACCAACUGGAUGGUUGCGGCCCUCGAAGGCCGAGAUUGCAUUAAACAAAGUUACAGCACGUUUCGGUAGAUGUCACAGAUUUUCAACCAGGCGGAGGAAGCCGGUGAACGAAAUGGGGCGUAGGAUAGCAGAGUAUAUAAAUGAGAAACAAUAAAUGUUGACCUAACGCGUGGUGGAGAGAAAGAACACGAUGGAAACAGAUCGCCCUAGAGGACGAUGGGCGAGCAGUUGGAGGGUUCGCAAGUAAAUGAGUAAUAGAUGCAGAAAGAAGAAUACUGAAAGGGCGGCAACGCCAGAGCGACAAAACUCGCCAGAGAUAUGUUACACUGAACGCUGAACGGAACAGAACAGAACCUAGUAACCUCCCUUGUCGUGUGGGAUUAAUUUGCAUUUGUGCUACGGAUUCUCACUAUCCACAGAAAGCGGAAAUAUUUCGAUUUGUUGGUGUUACUUUAAAAAGUUGAUUGUUCCGUAUUUGAUUUACCUGUACCGCCACCGUAUCAACGAUUCAAAUUUAUUAUACCGUUUUAGCAAAUUCGCUACUGUUUCCCACUGAUUGGCCGAGACAAGUGGAAGCUAGUGCGCUGCUCACUAAUGUAGGGUGCAACAACCAAAUAGACGUAAAGAUGAAAAGCGAGGUUCGCUGAUUCGCAAUUUUAACCGGGCAUCUAUUGGCAGACGAAGGAACUUCUCCCUGUUAGUUGAAAAAAGAGCAGCUAUUCCACCACAAACCUCUAGUUGACACCAUGCGUAACAAAUGUUAGGCUUAAUGCAAUACGGUGACCGGCUGAAGAUGGAUGAGCUAUCAUUCUAAAUGAAGUUGUACACCGCAGGACUAGAGAUAAUUAACAUGGUUGAACACAUGUAGUACGCUAUUAAUAAAAUUUAAACAAUAAAAAAUGAGAACUG